UCUAUGCUCGUAAAUACAGAUUCAGAUUUAAUUCUUGAGUGUAUGGCAACUACUGAAAAGGGAAAACGGAAAAUUACCUUUGUUUUGUAAACAUUCUGAUCAAAUGUGAGAUGUGCUGCGUUGUCUUAUUUUUGAAAUAAAUAUGGAAAUGGUGAAAGAAGCACCCAAGGCUAAGAAGAAUAAAAAGAAAUCUGAUUUACCAAGAAAGAAAGUUGAAGCAGUUAAUUCUCCAGCAACAUUGACUGUGUCUUUUUCGCAACCAAAAGAAGUUUUGAAAUCUCUUGGAACUGAAGAUUUUAACAAAAGGGAACAUCUUGCAAUUGAAAGAAGUGGUGUAGAUUCUUUCCAUAAUGAAGAAGAUUUAAAAUCUCUUUCAUCUGCAGCCUUUAAAAAUGAACAUCUUGAAAUUGAAAAUGAAAGUACUGAAGAUACUGAAAGGACUAAAUUGAAUGAAGGAGAAAUUUCUUUGAAACCAAUUGUCUUGACUAGUGAUGAUGAGAGUUUAGAUAUAAAUAUUGAAAACAAAUUUGAUACGAAAAAUUAUGAACAGAAAAAGUGUAUUUCUGAUUCCUUAAAUUGUGUUAAAAACUUGAAAAAAGAAAAUCAGUUAUAUGAUUCUAAAAUUGUGAGCAAUAUAUCCAAUGAGUGCAAUAAAAAACUGUCUAAAGUGCCCUUAAAUAAAUUAUCAUUGCAUGAUAAUGAGAAAAAUCAAAUUUCAGUUGCUACCACUGAAAAUAUGUACCCUAAUUUAAAAAGUAUUUUGCACAGAGAGAAGUUGGAAAACAUCAUUUUUUUACAAAAACAAGUAACUAUUUUUAAAGAAGAAUAUUUAAGAUAUUUGGAAUCUGAAGUCCUCGAAAAAUAUCAAGAAUUUAUAAACCAAACUUAUGGAGUAGAGAAUGAUCCUUUGUAUGAGUUGAUUCAUGUAUAUCAACAGUCUAGAAAAUAUUCUCUUGAAAUACGUUCCAAAAUUAAAUGUUUAAAUUCUCAAUUGAAAAGGAAAAGAGAAUCAGUGUGGUCUCUUCAAGAACACAAAAUUUCAGAGAAGGGUCGAUGUAAGGAUGGUUAUCAAGUUGAAGCAAAAUAUGUGUAUGAAGUUAAAUUACUAGAAAAAGAAAUAUUUGCCAAUGUGAUUGAGAAAACAAAAAGUUUAGCAGAAUAUGUUCUUUCAGAUGCAUUUUAUUUAUAUGCUGAACAGCUGGCAAAGCUACGUAUUGAACAAUAUCUUUAUAAUGUAACACAAAAUUUGGUUGUCACAAGCUCUGUCACUGAAGUUUCACCAUCUGGACUUGAAAAGCUACAAUUGCUUAAGAGAUGUGUUACUACAAUUUUUGCUUUCCAACGCCAGGCAUCUCAUGAUAAACAAUUCUUAGAAGUUAGCCGAAAAUGGAUAAAAUAUCUGGUUUCCAUUCUGCUUCAAAAGGGAAAUAUGGCAGAUAACAUAUUUUUACUGAAUCAUGUCAUAAGAUGUCCUUAUGGCAUAGAAAAAUGGGCAUCAGAAUUCAUUCAGCUGUCUUGGUCUACAAGCUGCACUAAUCGUUUUAAAGAUAAUAUUAGUUGUCAUUGUCUCUAUUACUUGCUGUUAGUUUUGCGUUUAAUUUUGCAACCUGCUAUUGAUCGAGAUUUUUUCUUGAAAGACUUGAAAGAGAGAGCUGCUUCAGUAGAUUGCAUUGAUGUAGCAUUCACUGUAUUAGACUCUGAUGGAGAGGAAGAAGAGCAUUUUGAACUUACUAAAAAUUGGUCUGAUGGUGAUCUAGUAUCUCUGCUAAAUCAAAUAUCAAUAGCAAAAAUGUGUGAACAUAUUUUAUUGAACUCUAAAGAUGCUGAAGUAAUUAUAAAGAAUCCAUCAGAAUUGAGAUUAAUAAAGAUAUUUGCUUAUUCAAGUGCUCUUUUAGAAGUAUUGUAUGGUGGGUUAGAAGCAUUGUCAAAGGAAGAAUUUCCGUUAUCUUUAGAAUACAUUUGUAGCAUGAUCAGGCACAUUGUAUGUUAUAUUUCAGACCAUUGGACAUAUUGUCGUACGUUAGAUACAGUUUCAACAGAUUUGCAGGCAGUCUUUGAUAAAUUUUUUUUCUCUGCUGUUUUCAAGAUAUUUAAUUUUCGCAAGUAAGUUACAUUUAAAAUU